AUGUACGUUGAAAUCACUUCCCAAGAACAAUUUACAAAACUAACUACCGCUGAAGCUACCGAUAAAUUGGUAUCCAUUUAUUUCCAUACCUCUUGGGCUGAACCAUGUUCUGCUAUGACACCUGUUUUCAAGGCAGCUAGUGUUGAUCAUACUAAUAAGGAUGUCAUAUUUUUAUCUAUUGACGCCGAAAACUAUAGUGAAAUUGCCGAAUUAUUUGACGUUUCUUCAGUCCCAUACUUUGUUUUUAUCAAAAAUGGGACUAUAUUGAAAGAAUUAGCUUCUGCUACCCCAAAAGACUACGUCAAAAUUUUAAAUAGUUUAAAUGUUACUUCCUCUACUUCCCAAUUGCAAGAACAAAAUACUGCAUCAGGAUCUUCUGCUCCAACGAAGAAAAAUAACACUGCUACAGAAAACAAUUAUGAUGUUGGUACUAACGAUCGUGAACAAGGAGAAGACGAAGACGAAGAAGAAGAAGAGGAGGAAAGUGAAGAACAGUUGAAUGAAAGAUUGAAACAGCUAACUCAUGCUGCUCCAGUUAUGUUGUUUAUGAAAGGUACCCCAAAUGAACCAAAGUGUGGGUUUAGUAGACAAAUGGUUGGUAUUUUAAGGGAACAUCAAAUAAAAUUUGGAUUUUUCGAUAUUUUAAAAGAUGAUGGUGUGAGACAAGGGUUAAAAAAAUUCAGUGAUUGGCCAACCUACCCACAAUUAUAUAUAAAAGGUGAAUUACAAGGUGGAUUAGAUAUUAUAAAGGAAUCUAUAGAAGAGGAUGCUGACUUUUUCCAACAUGCUUUAGAAGCUUGA